AUGUACGGUAGCGCUCGCUCAGUCGGCAGAAGCGAUGCCAACCACAGCGGAGGCAGGGAUGCAAGCGGGACCGGCAAUCAAGGAACAGGUCGCUCCCCUCGCCUCCCUCGCUCCCCUAGAAUGGGACACCGGCGCACCAACAGCACCGGGGGCAGCGGAGGCGGUCCUGGAGGUGCAGGGGGCAAGACGCUCUCCAUGGAGAAUAUCCAGUCCCUCAAUGCGGCAUACGCCACCUCGGGACCAAUGUACCUGAGCGACAAUGAAGUGGCCGUAGGGGAGCACCUUCCCAAAAGCUCAGGCGUGGCUGUGACAACCAUGGGGCGGCAGCGGGUGACGUACGGAUCAAGAAGCGGCGGCGGAAGUGGCGUGGUCGCCGCGAGUACGCCCAACAUCUCCACCUCGGUGCCUUCGAGUGCGGUGCUGCCUGCGGGCUUGAUGGCGGGUGACGCUUUGGCUUUUGGGGACCACCACAUGGCGUCCACUGUACCUCAUUCUUUAAGGCAGGCCCGGGACAACACAAUACUUGACCUUCAGGCACAACUUAAAGAGGUUCUUAGGGAAAACGAGUUGUUGCAACGGGAAGUGGAAAUCAAAGAGAGCAAGCUGAGCUCAUCCAUGAAUUCCAUUAAGACAUUUUGGAGUCCAGAAUUGAAAAAAGAACGAGCGCUCCGCAAAGACGAGGUGUCUAAAAUCUCUGUGUGGAAGGAACAAUACCGCGUGAUUCAGGAUGAAUCUCAGCAUCUCCAGAUGACCGUGCAGGCUCUCCAGGACGAGCUAAGGAUCCAGAGGGACCUGAACCAGCUGCUCCAGCAAGACCCCGCAAGCCAAGGCCGAGACCUUGCCCUGGCGUCGGAACCGACCGAGGAGAAUUUCAGACGGCUCCAUUGCGAGCACGACCGGCAGGCCAAGGAGCUCUUUCUCCUUAGGAAAACCUUGGAGGAGAUGGAGAUGAGGAUUGAUACGCAGAAGCAAACCCUUGGGGCUCGAGAUGAAUCCAUCAGGAAACUCCUGGAGAUGUUGCAGAGCAAAGGUCCAUCUGCUAAAGCGUCAGAGGAGGACCAGGAGCGCACCAGGAGGCUGGCGGAUGCAGAGAUGCAUCGGCAUCACCUUGAAAGUUUACUGGAUCAGCGAGACAGAGAGAUAACAGCGUUGAGAGAAGAACUUCAUCGUAGAUAUGAGGGAACACCAGAGUCCACCAAAACGAAGGCUUUACAGACAGUCAUUGACAUGAAGGAUGCAAAGAUCAACUCAAUGGAACGGAACAUGAGGGACAUGGAGGAGGAGCUGCUCAUGAUGAAGUCAAAUGGACUUCUGAGCUGUGAGGAGCGGCAGGAGGAGAUGAAGCAAAUGGAGGUGUAUCGCAGCCACACAAAGUUCAUGAAGAACAAGAUGGAGCAGGUGAAGCAGGACCUCUCCAGGAAGGACACUGAGCUUCUCGGCCUUCAGACCAAGCUGGAGACGCUCACCAAUCAGUUUUCUGACAGCAAACAGCACAUUGAAGUCCUCAAGGAGUCUCUUACUGCCAAGGAGCAGCGAGCUGCCAUUUUACAGACUGAGGUGGAUGCCUUGCGUCUGCGAUUGGAAGAGAAGGAAGCCACUCUAAAUAAGAAGAGCAAGCAGAUCCAGGAAGUUUCGGAAGAGAAGGGUACACUUAGUGGAGAGAUCCAUGACCUCAAAGACAUGCUUGAUGUGAAGGAGCGCAAAGUCAACGUGCUACAAAAGAAGAUUGAGAACCUUCAGGAGCAGCUGAGGGACAAGGAGAAGCAGAUGAGCAGCUUGAAGGAGAGAGUCAAGUCCUUGCAGGCAGACACAUCCAACACUGAUACUGCCCUUACCACGCUGGAGGAAUCACUUGCUGAAAAGGAGCGUAUCAUCGAGCGGCUAAAGGAGCAACGAGACAGAGACGACCGAGAGAAGACUGAGGAGUUGGAGUGCACUAAGAAGGAGUUGAAAGAGCUAAAGGAGAAGCUCAGCUUGCUGCAGGGAGACUUGUCAGACAGAGAGACGUCUCUUUUGGACCUGAAGGAGCACGCGUCAUCGCUAGCUUCCUCUGGCUUAAAGAAGGACUCAAAACUAAAAAGUCUGGAGAUUGCCCUGGAGCAGAAGAGGGAGGAAUGUCUGAAAUUAGAUAAUCAUCUUAAGAGGGCUCAGAAUGCGGCUCUGGAAGCUCAAGCCAACACUGAGCUGGCGGAGCGCAUUAAGGGCCUAGAGCAGGAAGUGGUCCGCCACAAAGAGGAUUCUGGGAAGGCACAAGCAGAGGUGGACCGCUUGCUCGAGAUCCUGCGGGAAAUGGAAAAUGAGAAAAAUGACAAAGACAAGAAGAUCAAUGAGCUCGAAGGGCAGAUGAAGGACCAGACAAAGAAAGUGGCGUCUUUGAAGCACAAGGAGCAAGUGGAGAAAAGCAAAAACGCCCGACUGAUGGAGGAGGCCAAAAAGCGUGAGGACAACAUGUCUGAGAGCUCUCUGCAGGUGAAGGACUCUUUGCGUCAGAAGUCAGAGCGCAUAGAAGAGCUGGAGGAAGCCCUGAGAGAGAGUGUGCAGAUCACCGCCGAGCGCGAGAUGGUGCUCGCCCAGGAGGAAGCCGCCAGGUGUCUGCAGGAGAAACAGAUGGAGGAGCUUCUCGGUGCCAUGGAGAAGGUCAAACAGGAGCUGGAGUCCAUGCGGGCCAAGCUGUCCUCCACCCAGCAGUCUCUAUGUGAGAAAGAGGCACACCUCACCACCCUGCGAGCAGAGCGCAGGAAGCACUUAGAGGAGGUGCUAGAAAUGAAACAGGAGGCAUUGUUGGCUGCAAUCAGUGAGAAAGAUGCCAACAUAGCCCUGCUGGAGUUGUCGUCCUCCAAGAAGAAAAAGACCCAGGAUGAAGUGUCCUUGUUGAAGAGGGAGAAAGAUCGAUUGGUGCAACAGCUAAAGCAACAGACUCAGAACCGCAUGAAGCUGAUGGCAGACAAUUAUGAGGACGAACACCUGAAGACGGCCCCCGACCACUCAAACCACAAGCCCUCCCCAGACCAGAUGAUAGCCCCUGUUGUAGCCCUGUGCCAGAACCGCAGCAAGCUCAAGCUCUACAUCGCCCACCUGACCGACCUAUGCCACGACCGUGACCCGAGCAUCCUCAGCCAACUCACCCCACCCGCCCACUACCACCGCAGCGACCCGGACGACUGGGAGGAUGAGCUCCUGAAGAUGACGGGGGAACAGUUGGAGAAAGAGCUGGAACUUUGUGAGAAGGAGAGCGGCGAGUUGCAGGAGUACGCCAACUGUGUCCUGCAACAGAUUGCUGACUGCUGCCCUGACAUCUUAGAGCAGGUCGUCAACGCCCUGGAGGAGUCAUGCUGA